CCUCCAUGUAUUGGUGGUUUCCUUGGUUGAUGGGUCAUAGAGCUUAUUCACUGUUGCUGUAAACAAGGCUGAGCAUCCUGUGUUCAAAGCCACUGAAAUUGGAGGAAACUAGUCACCAAAAACCUGACUAUCAGCUGUUAGACGGCUUCCUGAUAACUCCUGUGCCUGCCAGCACUCUCCACACCAGUACAGGUCUUUGGGGCUCCCAGGACACCACUGUCCCACCCCCACCUGCCUGACCUGGCCCCAUGCUGGAAAUUGCUGAGCUGUGCUUCAAUGUGGACCAUGGCUACCUGGAGGGCCUGGUGCGAGGGUGCAAGGCCAGCCUCCUGACCCAGCAAGACUACAUCAACCUGGUCCAGUGUGAGACCCUGGAGGAUCUGAAAGUUCAUCUUCAGACCACUGAUUAUGGCAACUUCUUGGCCAAUCAAAUGAACCCUCUCACUGUUUCCAAAAUUGACACUGAGAUGAAGAAAAAGUUGUGCAGAGAAUUUGAGCAUUUCCAGAAUCAUUCCCUGGAGCCCCUGAGCACAUUUUUCACCUACAUAAUGUGCAGUUACAUGAUCAACAGUGUGGUUCUACUGAUGAAUGGCACCUUGCAGAAAAAGUCUGUAAAGGAAGCUCUAAGGAAGUGUCACCCACUGGGCCAAUUCAUGGAAAUGGAAGCAGUCAACAUCGCAGAGACGCCUUCUGAUCUCUUUAUUGCAGUCCAGGUAUUUGACAGUCCAGAAACACCCUUAGUUCCAUUCUUUCAAGACUGCAUGUCCGAAAAUACAUUAGAUGAACUGAAUAUUGAAAUACUGCGCAAUAAACUGUACAAGUCUUACCUGGAGGCAUUCUAUAAAUUCUGUAAGAAUCAUGGUGAUGUCACAGCAGAAAUUAUGUGUCACAUUCUUGAGUUUGAGGCCAACAGACAUGCUUUUAUCAUCACUCUUAACUCCUUUGGCACCAAAUUAAGCAAAGAUGACCGGCAGGCCCUCUACCCAACCUGUGGCAAGCUCAACCCUGAGGGGCUGCAUCUGCUGGCCCAAGUGGAUGACUUUGAACAGAUGAAGAAAGUAGUAGACUACUAUGGAGAAUGUGAUUCCAGGAUAUACAAGCCUUUGUUUGAGACUGUGGGUGAUGGCAGUGGGGGAAAGUCUUUAGAUGUGUUUUAUGAGCAUGAGGUGAAGAUGAACGUGUUGGCAUUCAACAGGCAGUUCCACUGUGGUGUGUUUUAUGCUUACAUUAAAUUGAGGGAACAAGAAAUGAGAAAUAUCGUGUGGAUUGCAGAAUGCAUCUCACAAAGAUAUUGGACUAAAAUUAAUAGCUAUAUUCCAACUCUGUAACCCAGCACAGGUCCUCAGAUGCAGAAAAACCAUAAAUGUGAAGAGGAAGCUAUUGAGGAAAAUGAAAAGAAUUGUGUUAGAUUAUCUAGGUCACACAGAAGGAAGCCACAUGGCCCCUUUAGGAAUUGCAGGCCCUCUAGAAACACAGUAAACCAGCCCUGAAACCAAGUUCUCAUUUUUCCUCUUGCAGCCUUAAAUCUUGUUUCCAUAUUUGUGUCUCACUCUUCACCAGGCUUUAAGCAUUAAUCUUAAUUAACCCUUUGGUACUUCCCCUAUUUUUAUUUUGUUGUGUUAAAAAAUCAAGUCUA